AUGGAGGAUUGGCAGUUGCCCUUUGAACACAUGCCUGCUCAACCAGGCGCUGGCGCGGCCGUUGUUUGGUUGAAUGGAACCAAUUCUGAAUCCACAUAUUGUUGCAACCCCGUACAUGUCAAUCGAACCUCCAGCGAAAAGUUCUGCAGUAGCAUUAACGGAUCGCCUCAAUCAAGCUUUUCAGUCGCCGACGGUUACAUUAUCCCUGGAGUUGCAGGUCUGUCAAGUUUUGCGAGGGAAUCCAAUACUACGUCUUCUAUCGUGGCCAACGAAACCGGUACUGCCACUAGAACUGGAUCAUCCACUACGAGCAAUGACUCCAGGGGCGUGGCAAUCGGUGUAGGGGUUGGAGUCCCACUUGGUGUCAUUGCCUUAUUUACUACUGCGUGGGCCCUUUAG